CAACAAUAGCUAUUGAGAACUGAAUAAUAAAGUGUGCAUCUAAAAAUGGCUGUAGAACCUGUUUAUAAUCCGAAGAGUGUGGUACAGUUGCAACACACAAACAAAGAGCUUGAUGUCUCAAAAAGAAAAUUGGAUCGCCUCAGAGAUGCCUUGGUCUUGGGUGUAAUAAUAGUGGAGCAUAUAGCUCUCUUAGCUGCUCCGUUCUACUUUACUUGGAAUGCAUUUUGGGGUAGUUGCAUAUUGUUAUUUUUGACUAAUUAUAUAGGGAUAAGUCUUUCUUAUCACAGAAAUCUUACUCACAAGAGUUUUAAGCUCACAAAAUUUCUCGAAUAUUUGUUUGCUUAUUUUGGACUUCAUGGUGCACAGGGAGAUCCGAUAUUUUGGGUAAGCAUUCAUAGACAUCACCAUCAGUUCACAGAUUCUGAUAGAGACCCGCACAGUCCAAUGGAAGGAUUUUGGUUCAGCCAUGUGACUUGGAUUCUUCAACACACACAUCUCAGAGAAAAGGGUGGGGGGAAACGAAACAAUGUCAUGGAUUUACAAAGCCAAGCAUACUACAGGUUCCUCCGAAGUACAUACCCGUUUCAUAUAGUUGGACUUGCACUUGUGUUGUACAUUGGAGGAGGCUUACCGCACCUUAUUUGGGGAAUGGGUGUUAGAAUAGCACUAGGAAACCAUGGCUCAUUCAUGGUGAAUUCAGUGUGCCAUACAUGGGGGAAAAAGCCAUGGAAUACUAAAGAUUUAUCCAAGAACAAUUGGGUGGUAAGCUUACUUGGAAGCGGGGAAGGUUGGCACAACAACCAUCACGCCUUUGAGUUCUCAGCUCGUUUAGGGCUGGAGUGGUGGCAGCUUGACGUGCCUUGGUACGUUAUAGAGCUACUUGAGUAUCUUGGAUUAGCGACAGAUGUCAAAGUCCCUACUGAGAAACAGAAACUUAAAAUGUCUUACAAAACUCAUAAUGAAUUGUAUCAAAGUAAAAAGGAGAGCUAACUCCAUGGAUACCUUUAGUAAGUGACUUGGGUUUUCUGCAACACUAGUACGUCAGGAAAUUUCUAUAUGUUACUUUCACUCGUUGGUAAGCUUAUUAGUAUAGGGUACACGAGGGAUGCAGUGUCAAUGGUGAUAUCUAAACCUAGGUCCUUAAAUGUAAUGACUACAUUAAUUAACUGUAUUGGUGGUGGUCUUUUUUGCUGUUUUCUAGGGUUGUUUCUGCUGCGGACUCGAGUCUUUGUUUGUCCUCCCAGUUCCAGAUUUGUGUUUUCGUUUGGCAUUUUGCUUUCCUUGUACUUUGUAGCUUUAGCACGAGACGGUUUUGUGUUUUCCUUUACCUUCUCAUAUUGUUCUCUUUUUUAUUUUAUCAGUAGAAUUUGAACCUUUUGUAUUGGUUGUAUCCAUGUAAUAAGUAAAACCUAAUAGUAAAACUUUUCCUUUGGCCGCUCGUGGCAGUU